AUGGCAAAUCUUUGUUUUCAUUCCCCCUUCCUCAUGUUUUCACUGCUUUGUUUUCAAUUCACUUUAUGCCUCACCAAUUUUACUACGAAUGAUGAAUUAGCACUACUUGCUUUCAAGUUUUCUGUUAAGGACCCUUACAAUCACUUGGCUAGCUGGUCCAACUCUUCGUCCAUUUGCAAUUGGGUUGGAGUUAUGUGUGAUUCUCACCAUGAGAGAGUAAUAGCCUUGAAUCUUGGUGAGAUGGGUCUCAAGGGGAUCUUACCCUCAAAAAUUGGGAAUUUGUCUUUCUUGCUUGAACUUGACCUUCAUAGUAACAACCUUUAUGGUGAAUUGCCAAAAGAGUUGAUCCAAUUACACAAGCUGCAAAUUCUUAACUUGAGCUACAAUGAAUUCAAUGGAGAAAUUCCAAUUUGGAUUGGAAGCUUGUUUACUCUUCAACACUUCCACCUCCGUAAUAAUAGUUUUGGAGGUGUUAUUCCUAAAAGCAUAUCCAACUUGUCAAAGUUAGAGACUUUGAACUGGAAUGGUAACUUAAUUGAAGGAUUCACUCCAUUUGAGAUUGGAAAACUAUCAAGUUUGAAAAUUUUACGGAUCACGGAAAAUAAGCUUUCAGAAGAAUACCUCCAAUGA